GUAUAUCUAUGUAAAACAGUGAAUUCACAUAUAUCUGUGACAUCAUAAUCACUACGAUAUUUUACUGUGUAUUGUAUUCCGCCCAGCAGGUGGACGGCCUUCACCUUUCAGGUGACCUGUUCAACGCGCUAUCUAAACUAUGGCGGAAGGAAAGGGUCGGUACCAGUCCCCAGCUGUGGCGUGUCCGUCCCUGGCCGAGCUGACCAGGCUGUCCGAGGAGAUGAGGCUACAAUGCACCGAUGACGAUCUUCAGGCGGUAGGAGAGGAGAUGAAGUACUUUGCCAGUGAACUCCAGCGAGUCGCACAGCUUGCGCAGCCAUCACUUCCGGUCAGUUAUCCUCGAACCCCAGGAUACAGACCCGUGCAAGAGAACAAUCCAUAUAAUGCUUGGUACUGGCGUUGUGACAUCAAAGGCGCCGACACGGGGAAAUUGGCAGGUAAAACGUUCGCCAUCAAGGACAACAUAGCCGUAGCCGGGGUUCCGAUGAUGAACGGAAGUAAAAUCCUGGAAGGAUACACUCCAGAGUUUGACGCUACUGUAGUCACCAGAAUCCUAGAUGCCGGUGGCAGAAUCGUGGGAAAAGCUAACUGUGAACACCUGUGUUUGAGUGGUUGGAGUUUCACCUGUGAUGCUGGACCUGUGAGGAACCCACUUGACGAGACAAGGACCACAGGGGGGUCCAGCUCUGGCAGCGGGGCUCUGGUUGCAUCAGGUGAGGUCGAUAUGGCGCUUGGCGGAGACCAAGGAGGGUCCAUCCGGAUCCCAGCCAGCUGGUGUGGCAUUGUGGGAUUGAAGCCCACAUUUGGUCUUGUCCCCUAUACCGGAGCUAUGUCAAUGGAGACAACCUUGGAUCACCUUGGACCCAUGACGAAAACUGUAGCCGACUGCGCUCUGUUGCUGGAGGUACUUGCGGGUUAUGACUGUGGCCGAGAUCCCAGACAGUAUGCCAAAACUGUGGUGCCUGAGUAUUCUAAACUGAUUGAUGCUGGCAUCUCCGGCAAGAAGAUCGGUGUGUUGAAGGAAGGCUUUGAUGUGUGUACGGAGCCAGACGUGGUGGAGAUAGUGAGGAGAGAAGUGGAUAGACUGAAGGAAGCAGGGGCGGAGGUUGAGGAAGUAUCACUGCCCAUACAUCUGGAUGGCCCAACAAUCUGGAGUCCAGUAUUAAUGCAGGGAGUUUACAACUGUUUGAUCCAGGGUAAUGGCACUGGACAGUUCUGGAAGGGCUUCUACCCCUUGUCAAUGCAAGAAGCGAUUUGUCGGGGCCUGUAUACCCGGCCACACGAUAUCGCCCGACAUGUGAAGAGGUUCUGUCUCAAGGCCGAGUACCUGAAUAGACAGUACCAGAACAAGUUCUAUGCCAUAGGACAGAACAUGACCCUGGUCCUCACCAAGGCAUAUGACCAGGUCCUGGAACAAUACGACGUUCUUGUUAUGCCGACUUUGCCUUUCAAGGCUUCCAAGUUGCCCAAGGCGGGUGAAGAGCCGGAAAGUUCGAUGGUUCCCAACACAGCUCCCUUCAAUAGCACCGGACAUCCAGCUCUCUCCAUCAACGCUGGAUUCAGCGAAGGACUUCCGGUGGGCAUGCAGAUCGUUGGACGCCAUUUCGACGAGACAACGGUCCUCCAAGUGGCAAGAUCAUACGAGAAAAUAAGGGAUAUUAAUAAAUAAAACAUAUUCAUGCAUGUUUAAUAAUGAUGACAUGAUGACAUGCAUGGUGUAUCACUGAACACGUUUCGUACAAAUAUACUUUUGAAAGUGCCACUCUGUCCUGAAUGGUAUUUGUUUUCACAAGUCUUGAGACCUUCAAAUGACAAGUAUAGGCGGAGAUUAUUUGAUAACCUUUUGUUGUGUAUAAUUCAUUUGCACCGAGGACUGCACAAGAAAUGUUUGUGUAAUACAAUUUUUUGUGCGGCUGAUUCUACACCCAAGAACAUAUGCAAACAUGGUUGUUAAACUACAAUAAAAUCUUACUGCUUUA